CAAACUAAUAGAUUGAACGACUUUGAAUACGAAAAACUAAUCAAAUUAAGUUCAGACUUGGGAUUUAAAACAUUGUUUGAAUCAAUGCCCAUAACACAGUUUUGGAUUAAAGUUAAAUCUGAAUAUCCAGUUUUACAUAAAAAGGCAGUUAGGAUGUUACUACCUUUUUCAACAACGUACUUAUGUGAAUCAAUGUUUUCAGCAAUGAUUCACAAAUGGUCUCAUACUUAUUUUGGACUACCUCGUUGGGUUACAUUAUUACAAGACUGGCAUGUAGUUUUACCUCGUCUUCAUCAUCGUAUUCAUCAUGUAGCACCUCAUGAAACUUACUUUUGCAUUACAACUGGCUGGCUCAAUUAUCCACUUGACAAACUUCAUUUUUGGUCAGGGAUGGAAUGGAUUAUCGAAUCCCUAACGGGAUACAAACCAAGGACGGAUGAUAUGAAAUGGACUCAGAAAAAAGAAUGA